AUGGACGAAGAUGAAGAUGUUCAACAAUGUCUGAACGAAGUAGUGGAAAAAGUUUGCCACGACGAGGUACUUGGUUUACCGGUAUGUCUCAGACCAAAUGGAAAUUUUCGUGUUAUCAAAAACCUGAUUCACGUUUUUUUUUAUUCUGAUAUCAGUUCAGGACAUGGAAGAUGAAGACGAUGAAGAGAAUGGAGAAAUUAUAGCUUCCGGGUACAUUGAUUUGGGUGAAUGGAGAAGGUUUUUCGAAAAACUCAGCUCAAAAUAAAAAUAUUGUUUUGUCACAGAGUUGUCGGUGAAUACAACCUGAAAAAUGGCUUAUACAUAUGGAAGCGGGAACCAUUGACCAACCUAUCAUCGACCAACGGGUAUCAUUCGAAAGGCAAUUCCAGGAAACUUUUAAAUUCAGUUCUUACUCUAACAGUGGAAAUGCCGUUUUUGAAAUUGAAGAUACUUUCUACAGUCCAAAAAGGGUCCGGAAAACGGAUAAUGUUACUGUCUGCAGGUUUUUUUUAAAUUUCUGAGGCUCAUUAAAAUCAUAUCUCAGAUGCUCCGUGAAGAACUGUCGUUCCAAACUUUUCAUUCACGACCUGAGAUACGAAGUAAAAGGUCUCUGCAAUCACGGGAUCCUACCAGAAUGGAAAAGGGUAUUUUUUGUUAUCUUUUUUUUUUUUGCACAGUACGAAUUCAGAAAAAAAUUAAUAAUAAUAAUAAUUUAAAAGUUUUUAGAUCCGUUCUUUCCUACGAAACGCAAAAGUCCAAAGAGCUUCUGGCGUUCCCGUAGCCACUUGUGUGUCGAACGUUAUCUUGAAAUGCUCUGACGAAGAGCUUCAAAUUGUACCGUCGAAAGCAGCAAUGCGGAAGCAAGUUCAAAGACCAAUGGAAACUAAAUAUUUUCGAGGAUUACAUGACAAAAUCGAUUGGUCAUCAUUCCGUAAGAAUUUCAUUAGAUUUUUUUUUUCAAUUUUAUUUUGUUUCAGAUUGCUGGUACUACGACUCAAUAGAUGAUGAGGAUUUCGAACAAUCAAAGAGGCUACUGAUUUUUCGAAACGAUUCGGUUGAACCAUUCCGUGAUAUGGUAAAACAUGUUUACGCGGACGGAAAAUUUCUUCUGAAGAGUGGAUACUUUUCACAGUUGUACGUUAUCGUGGCUGAAGUUUAG